UUGUUUUUACAAUUGACAAUUGUUUAUUGUCAAUAAAAAACAAAAAAUUAUUUAACAAGUACUAAAAAAUUGACUGAUAAAUUUUUUCAAAAUCAUAAAUCGGCCAGUGAUUUUACUUGGUUAUGUUAUUAUAUAAGUAAUUUAUUUAGUGUAAUUGUUUAAAGUUAAUAAAUUUGAAAUUAUGAGUAAGAAAAAUGAAAUUUUAACAAAAGAAUUAAUCAGUGAAGAAGAUUAUAAUCUUAAAUUAGCAACAUGUUCAAGGCAUGCUCUUAAGUAUGCUUUUGGAUCAUUUUUUGUUGGUAUAAUAACAAUACCUAUAAUACUUAAAGGUUUCAAGUUAUACCGAUUACCAAUAGAAGCUCGAUUAGCAGCUGGAUUUAUCUCUGGUCUUCCAAUAUUAUAUUACUGCGGGAAAUACGCCCGAGAUACUUGUAUGAUUGAAGUCAAAGAUACCUAUAGAUUUAAUUAAACAAACAAACAUAAUGCAUUUAUUAAAAAAUAUAAAACAAACUUCAAAAUUUAUUUUAUUAAACUAUAAAAAAAUAUUAAACCAUAAUUCUAAAUUAAAUUCAAUAUGUAUUAAAAGAUUUAUACAUGAUUACGAACACGAAUCAAUUGAUGAAGAUCCAACUAUCAAUAGAGAAUACGCAGAUUUAACUAAGCAGUAUUUGAACCCAGCUCAACAUGGACACGGAACUUUAAUAUUGCAGCCGUAUAUUAAAUGGGGCGCUGAUAAAAAACGAAAUACGACACCUCAGUUACAAUUAGCCGAAGCAGAAGCGUUGAUAAGAACGUUACCACGUUGGACAGUUGUUGAUUCACUCUGCAUAUCAUUGAUGACAUUAAAAAAAAAAAAACUUUUAGGUAAAGGUAAUUUGAAGAUGCUUGAAGAACGAGUUAAACAUGAUUCGAAAGUGACAGCAUUGUUUGUAAGCGUUAAUUUAUUGCGACCAGUACAAAUUAAUGAAUUGCAAGACUUACUUGGUGUCCCAGUUUACGAUCGUUAUUCAAUAGUAAUUCAAAUAUUUCGCGAGCAUGCUAAGACACCAGAAGCUAAACUACAAGUAGCACUUGCUGAGUUACCUUACAUAUGGAAAAAAUUAACCUGGACAACAGAAGACAGCGGUGGUCGAAUUAAUUUAUCCGAGAAACGUAAAUUAGUACUGCAUGCGCGUGAAUCAAAAUUACGGAAUGCAUUAAGUAAACUAAAAGAACACCGUAAAUUAAUACGCAGCAAUAGAUCUAGUAAAAAAAUACCCAGUGUUGCUAUUGUUGGUUACACUAAUUCUGGUAAAACUUGUUUAAUAAAAGCAUUGACAGGCGACCAAUCAUUAAUGCCACAAAAUAAAUUAUUCGCAACUCUCGACACGACAGCACAUGAAGGUUUAUUGCCAUGUAGAUUGAAAGUUUUAUAUAUGGAUACUAUUGGAUUUAUUCAGGAUAUACCAGAAGGUCUUAUUGAACCUUUUGUUGCGACAUUCGAAGAUGCAAUAAUAGCUGAUGUCAUUGUUCACGUGUAUGACGCUAGUCAUCCAGAUAAAGAUGCUCAAAUAGAACAUGUAAGAGAAACACUUGAUAAAAUAAUGACCGAAUUGGAGACACCGGAUAAACCGAUAAUUGAAAUCGCUAAUAAGUGUGACGUUGCACCUACAGGCGCUGUACCUGACAACGUUCUAGCUAUUUCAGCUCUUAAGUUAACAGGUAUUGAUUUGCUGAGACGACAAAUAGAGAAACAUAUAUUGGACGUAACUGGUCGUAAAUCAUUAAAAAUACGUGUACUGUCAGGAAGUAAUAUCGCUGCUUGGUUGUACAAAGAAACUACUGUUACAGAUACUGAAGCUGAUUUGAAUAAUCCGCAGUACAUGUUUAUAACGUCACUUGUUACGGACCAACAAAUGCAUCGAUUUAAAAAAUUUAUAAAAGAGCAAAGUGCUAGAUAAUAUUUAUAGAUAUUAAUAAAAUAAAAAUUGUUUAAAAUAAUAAUAAUAAUUUAUAAAAAUUGUUUAAUUGCUAGUGCAUUUUUUAAUAUCAGCAAAAGAUAAUUGGAUUAAAUAUGUAACAUACGAAAGGCACGUAUCUUUGAUGAGAACGCUGUUCUCUUUUGUGAUGUGUACACGUGCAGAACACGUGUCUCAUUUUUAGUACAUCAUGUGAGUCUUUAAAUAUCAAACAAAUGGCACGUGGUUACCAAAGAUUGAACGAGUUUUUUUUUUUUUAUGAUUAUUCAUCUCUCAACACUUUUUUACGUGCUCCUUCAUUAAAAAAAAAUACUAAGAUUUUUUUUUUUGUUUACAAAAAUAUAAUUUAUGUUGGUUGCAUUUUUAUGGAAUAAUUAGUACAUUAAUAGUUUAAGUUUGCAGUAACUCAAAAGCAGCAGUGACACUUAAUUUAGAUUUUAAAAAAUAUAUAGAACAUAUUAAGUGUCAUUAAUAAAUUAACAACUGGUAUAAAGUAUUGUAAUUAAAGUAAUCAGUUUGAAAACAGGCUCUCUGGUAUUUAAAGUUCAAGGUGCCAGUGUUAAAGUAUGAGAAAUGUUUUUGCAGUGGAUCUAAUAACGUAACUAAAAAAAUUUUACCGUAAUAUGUCUUAUUUUUUUGAGUGGUCUCGAAAAAUAAUAUGUAAAUAUAUAUACAUUAGGGUGAUUCAUUUUGAACGACUAUUUUUUUUUCUUUACUCCCACUUCAAAAUUUUGUUGUAAACAUUGAAAAAAAUUCCCUGUAAGUUUCAGUCCUUAAUUUUAAUUUUAAAUACUUUACAUUUGAUUUUGAAGUUUUCCCAUUUAGAAUACGUAGGAAAGUUAAGAUUUUUUUUUUCAAUUCUCUGCAGCUCAGCCGCAUUUCAAGUUAUCGGGUCGCCGUUUGCGGUAUUUUGUAGGCAAUAUAAUACUCUUCAAAAGUUUCCGAAAUAAUUUUACUGAGACUCUAAUUGUUUUUUCUGUAUUGCUUUUGAAAAUCAUUUUUUCUGCCCUCCGGCCGGAAAGUGGCAACUUUCGGGCCGCUGCCCUGAACGAAGUUGCAACUUUCCGGCUUUGUCGAGCAGAAAAAUAGUAUACGCACCUUGGCCAGUAAAAAAGAAAGCCUCAGACCACAUGUUUGUCAACCUCGGCUUCGCCUCGGCCAACAAUUACAUGUGCUCUGAGACUUUUCUUAUUUUACUGGCCUAGGUAUGUAAUAUACUAUUUAAUGAAAAUUUGAGUUUUGAGUUGAUAUUAACUAAAUAACGAAAUUUACAGUAAAAAUGCAGAUAACGAUUUUUUAGGAAAUUUGAUUCUCUAUAAAAAAGGUCCUUUUAUUUAAAUGGCUCAAGUUCUUCGUUCACAUUAUAUAGGGAUUUUAUUAAUUUUGUAAAUAAAAUAUUUGUCAUAAAUUUUUCCCAAUCUUAUCAAAUUUAAUCCUUUUUAUUUUCAUAAAUGGGUUGAAUUACUAAAAAAGUAAAUUAUUAACGGAUGUUUAUCUAAAAUUAAAAUGUAUAAUUUUGUAUACACAUUUUUUAAGAAAAUGCUGUAAAAAAAAAGUCAAUUAGUGACAUCUCCCCCUUUAGCUGGAGUUAAAGUUUGCGCGCUUUUAGCGUCUUGUUUUUUUGUACUCCGAUGAUUUUCGUUUUUUACUUUUAACAUAAUUUAACUUUGUUAAUUACUAAGCAAGGGGUUUUAAUGAACAAAAAAUUUAUUUAUUAUGUAAAACACUCGCCCGAAAAAGGUUUUAAAUUUUUUAAAAUAUAUAAAUAAUUAUAAAUAAAUUAAUUUAAAUAUCUAAUUCAAUUGAUCUCUCUAUUAACGCGUAACAUGUUUAAUUAUCUAUAGACAAUACAUUAAUUACAAUAGUACGAUUCGUUAUACCCAUUAUGAUUCGACAAUUACACAACCGAUUGAUCCGUACUGUUGAUGUUGAUGUUGCCGUACGUAAAUACAGUCUGGACUUGAAAUAACAUUACGCAGUAGUCCAUCUAAAUAAACUAUAAUUUAUCACACAGUUUAAUUAUUUUAUUGCAAUAAAUGAUAUAGUUUUGUAGCAUCUAAAUAUACUAUUUAUAUAAAAGUGUAACUAUAUAAUUUAAAUAUUUGUUUUUAAAAUAACUAAAAAAAUAUUCCAAAGUGUAGGAUUACUAAAAGAUUCGAGCCAAAAUUGAAUCGAGAAAAGAUCUCUGGUACGUGCCUUCGCAAAUCGACACAGCACAUCCGUCUUAUUUUUUUUUCUUUUUUUCAACAUUUUUUUAUCCCUCUCUCAUACAUUAAAUCCUCAUUUUGAAUUUCUAUCGUUUUCCUGCUUUACAUUUCACUCACAAACGAGUAAAAACAUCGAUAGCCAUCCAGGUAAUUUAUUUAAUUUAAUUUUUUU